AUGGGAGAACUGUGGUUGUUCCUGCUCCUGCCCCUGACCGCCUUCCACGGGGUCAAAGGCUGUUUAGAAUGUGACCCCAAAUUCAUAGAGGAUAUUAGCUCCUUGCUGGCAAAUCUGCUACCCUCAGAAGUCCCUGGCCGAACUCAUCUGCUUGAACGGCAGAUUAAGGAGAUGACCCGUUUAAGUUUCAAGGUCUCCCACAGGGACAAGAUGCUUCGGGUGUUGGCUGUUCAAAAGGUUGUCAAGUUGAGAACAUGGCUGAAGGAUGAACUUUAUAAACUGGGCAAUGAAACAUGGAAAGGUGCCUUUAUCCUUCAAGGGAAGCUUCUCGAUGUCCGCCAAAACCUGGAAUCCACACUGAAAGAAAUAUUAAAGAACUUCUCUGAAGUUGUUGUAACUGAAGGUCCUAUUCUGGAUUGUUGGACCUGCCUUCGCCUCACCACCCGGUGCUUCAGGGGAGAGUAUUGUGGAGAAGAGGAUUCAAGGAAAGCUGAGAAUCGAGAAAUUGGACUAUUUCUGAUAUUGCUAGCAGAAGCUGUAAUAUUGGGAAGUGCUUUGUUACUAUUCUAUAUUUGUGUCUCUCAUCAGAGGAAAAUGAAGGCAAUACGAAGGUCAUUAAAGAAAUAUUUGGAGAAGAAACUUGAAGAAUUAAUGGGGAUGAUAGAUGAGAAGGAGGAGAAGGAAGAUUUUGGAAUCAGAAAAUAA